AUGCGUCUCCGACUGGCUGUUCGCCGCCACGGCAUCCCCGAGGUCAAGCUGCUGUGGACCGUUGGGCCCAGCACCGACCUAACCAUCUCCAAGCUCCUAGUCGCCGUUAACGAGGUCGUACCGCUCGAGAGCGGCGAGUGGGGAUUAGAAGACUACGCUGUCGAGUACAGGGACACACAAGGGGAUGGGUUUGAGUGUUUGCAUUUUCAGGUUGUGCGAGAUAUUCUGAAGGAGGAUGAUCAGCUACUGAUUCGACCACUGCUCGAAGAUGACCUACGACGACGCAGAAUCAGCGGUCGCCACCAGAUAUCGGUCGAUGGCAGACACCUCGUCGACGGAGUGGCUUUUGGACGGCCCUGGCUUAAGGCGCCUGUGAACCGACCGGCCAUUGAUCUACCGCCAAGGAAGCGAGCGAGAAUUACCUACGAUUCCGAUGAGGAGUACGAUGACGAGGAGGAAGAUGGUGAUUACGACGACUAUGCUGAAGACGAAGACGAAGAAGAGUCCGAUGAUUUUUCUAGCCUGGAGGCGGAGGAAGAUACCGAAGACGAAGACCAACUACUUCUUGAGGCGCCGGGUUCGGAAUCCGUCGUUGAUGAAUCUACGAACGCGACGCCGCAGCCACACAUACCUGGUUCCGUCAACUCACCUGGCUCGCUGAAGCGAGGUCGCGGCCUCGAUUCAUCACCAGUUGUGUCUAGGUCGGGAUCUACGAAUUCUACAACGCCGCAUCGCAGCCCUCGGUUAUCCACCGUUAGAUUUCUCUCGCCGAAGGCACCGGAGCCUCAUCAUUCACGGAACCCCGCAAAGCGCCGAAAGCUAGAAAACCGACUACACACGCCUUUGAAACCUAAAGCUGGUCAUGUGGUGGAUACGUCCAGCCCUGCUCAUGCCACCCCGGAUAAGGAACCUGGAAGUUCCAAAAGCGCGGAACCGGAGCCGAAUGAGCCCUGCCCUGUUGGAGCAGAAGUAAAGUCCCCUACUCCCGAAGGCCCAGUGGGUACGGCUUGCCCUGAAUCUAGCUCGGAUUCCGGCGACUCUACUGUCAGCUUAAGCUCACUCGCUCGUUCAAAAGAUGGCGUUGAGCGACAGGAGAACAGCACUGACGGCGAGGCUCAUCUCUCACCCGCUGUGAAUGAGGACAAGCCGGACAAGAGUGGCUACAUCGCUUUGUCUAACAGCUCCUCGGACGACGAUUCUGAUUCUGAUAGCUCGUCUGAAGACUCCUCCGGCUCAGACGAUUCGGCCAGCGAUGCUCCUGACCGCGUGAAUUCCGACGGUCCUGGUAACAGCUCUGAUUCUGAUUCUAGUUCUGACGAUUCCAGCGACUCAGAUUCUAGUGAUUCCAGUGACGUGUCGGAGUCUUCUAGCGAUGGGCCCGUUUCGGUGGAGGGAGUGGGACCACGAGACUCUGUUGCUCAGCACGAACAUGGAGUAAAAGCUCAGACUAAAGCGGCCCCAGCCAAGAAAUCCGAGGCCGUGGUUAAGAAAGUGCCUCUUGCUGCAACGCCGUUCGCGGCCGUCACGCCAGAAGUAACCGGUCGCGAUGCUAAUGCUGGUCAAGUGCACCUUACUCGGUCCCAGAAGAGAAAUUUGAGGCGUCGAUUGGCAAGGCUGAAGAAGGAGGAGGGGGCUGUGGGAUCCGCUACUGCCACUGGUACUGCCGCCCCCGCUGAUACGGGAUCGGCUGAAGUAGUAGCUGAGCUUCUUAGGCGGAAGCAGGCACUCUUAGAAUCCAUCGGUGCCGAGAAGAGCUCUCCCGCGUCGGCCAAUCCCCUGAAGAGAAAGGCGAGCGAUAUCGAAGAGACCCCUGCGAGGGGACCGGAUUGUGAUGGUACUCUAGCGACCGCGAAGACCAACGGAACGGCGGAAUCUGAGGCGGCUGCUACGCGCAAGCUGCGACUCGAUCUUGGGGCUGGCCGACGUCUUUUGUUUGGCGCACUGGGAGUUCGCAAUCCGAAGACGAGGGAGGAAGAGGACAAGGUCCGCGAUGCCUUGGCAAAAAAUGUGCGACCUUUGACUACGACUCGUACAGAGGAGCAGGCGGAUCUUCAAGACAAGGUGGUAGUGGAACCUCCCGAGGACGAGGACCCCGACGCUUGGAGGCGCAAGAUCAACUAUCGCGCUGUUGAGUGCUGCCACGAGGGUGUUGAGUUGUCCGAGCCUCCCUUCCCGUUUGUUCAGAGAUGGGAUCCUCAGCAACGGCCCGACGUGUGGUUUGGUGGUAAUAAUAAGAAAAAUAAGAGGGGCGGCAAGGGAAAGAAGAAGCUUCGAAACCAAGCGCAUUACUACGACGGCGGGUACGACGUUGUUGACGAGACUCAGCUCUCGUAUACGGCAGCUGGUGGUGUGACGGACAGCCGAAGCCUGGUUCCUCCCCAGAUGGGCGACACUGUGAUGGGGGAGGCUACUGACGUACCAAGGCCUACUACGCCGCAAGACAAGAAUGCCAAUGCCACAGCCGAUGCGACCGAAGAUGUUCCGGAGAGUCGAGACGAUUUGCCAGUUUUACCCGAUGACUUGUCGACUCUUGCGCCUCUCCUCCCGGGAGCGGCCACACCGGGAAUGGUGAUUACUUGGAAGAAGUGGCUUCUCUCCAAGGCGACACAGUGGCAGCCCCAGGUUAGUAACGUUACGGCUGUUGUCGCUAAGGUUGACGAUGCCGAUGCAAACACAUUGAAAGUAUUCCUCGCCAAACGAGAUCGUGCACUCGACAAGCCGGAGAAGGACUACGAUCCAGAGACGGGCGAACGAGUCUACGACGGAUUCGAGGCUCCAGACACUGAUGAGGAUGAGCAAGGAGAUGGAGGCGAAGAUGACGGCGAGCGAAAUGUGACGUUUGCGGAGAUGAUGGAUCCCCGUGUAGUCCAGCCAGCGCUUCCGUCGGCAGCGGUGUUUGGAAGCGGUUUUGCGGGACAGGUCCCAGAUGAGGACGGCGUGGGCUAUUUGCAAGAUUCCAUCGAGAGUCAGGGCGGGGAUGUCGCGGACAGCAACGAGGUCAUGGGCGAUGCUACGGAGCCAAUGUCUCUCGACCUACAGGUUCCGUUUUCCGACCCGGUCGAAAGCGUGGGCUUGCCCGGGUCGUCUCCAGCCAGGGCCAGGGCCAGGGAACUCCCGCCUAGCAACCAACUACCGCAGAUGAGCGGGGAAAACACCAGUUCUCUCAGGGUGCCCGUUACCGAAUACCCGUCGCAGAAUACGACUUCUCUUGAUGCUUUAGGCAAUUUGUCGGUGGCCGGCAGCGUGGCUAGUGGACGAGGCCAGGUGGAUCCGAACUUUGUCGGCGUCGAGUCGUAUGAUUCUCAAGAGGAUGCCAUUCCUGACUCGGCGGUUGCUCUCGAAGGCGACGCGGCGACCGAGCAGAGCGGCCCGAAGGAGAAGAACGACGGCAAGGUGCGGCCCCUUUCCAAGUUGGUCUCAUCCAGUCAACCGGUUCUCCCCUCGUCCUCUGCAGGUCAACGUUCUGCGGCUGUACCUGCGCCUCAAACGCCAAAGAGUUCUCCCGAAGCACCCGGCCGUGUCUUGCGCGCCAAGGAGACGAUUCGGCUGCCCGGCUCCGAGGCUAGCUUCUUUGAUGGCGAGCAGGCCGAGCUAGCGCGCGAAAAGUCGGCCAAGAUGCGAAAGAAUGAGAUGCUGAAGAACUUGAGCGCUUCGACCAGGAAGAAUACGAGCGCGCGUCGCCUAGAGGAGACGGUUGUCGGUGGUUCUCCGAAUAACAACAACAACAACGUGCAACGGCGGAUCUUUUCGUCAUCGCAGAGCAGUGCAGUUCCGAAGAUUGUCAAGAUGGAGAAGCUUGACUUGUCUGAGCGUGCGGCGUCCCUUUCGCAGAUCGAUAGCCGCACUAACGCGGUGGUCUGGGGCGGAGGCAAGAAGAAUGCGUCGAGGAAGAAUAAGGUGGCUGUCGAGAAGGAUGUGUUUGAGGUACCGGCUGGUUCGCAGGUGAUUGAUUUGACGAGCGAUGGUGAGGGAGCUGCCGAGCUUGGUGGCAAACAAGCUACGCAAGGUACGCAGGGGAGCGGUGGACUGACGGAGGGGAUUCCGAAUGGCGGAGGAUGGGUGCCGAAGAAGAAGAAGGAGAGGAAGACGAAGGCGAGGGUUUGA